UUUCUCAUUUUCUUUUGUCGAAAGCAAAACCACAAUAGUCAAAAGUCGGUCUCAUAUAUAGAUAUUUUGUCUAAUCUAUAAAUCAAUGCAAUUCUACCAACGUUUCAAGGAGUAAUCUCACUGACCUAGCUAUAUCAAAAACCUAGAGAGAGAGAGUGUUUAGAGAGAGAAAUGGAGAAGUUGGGAAGUUUAACCCACCUGUUUGUGACGGUGUUCCUCUUUAACUUCGCCGUAAUCAUCGUAGUUCCGGCUAUUACAGACAUCACCAUGGCCGCACUUUGUCCCGGUAAAGAUGAAUGCUCACUUGCCAUCUACCUCACCGGUAUUCAACAGGCGAUCAUAGGAUUAGGGACGGUUGUGAUGAUGCCACUCAUUGGGAAUCUUUCUGAUAUGUAUGGAAGGAAGGCUUUGCUCACACUCCCCAUGACUGUCUCCAUUAUUCCAUUAGUUAUAUUGGCAUAUGACAGGACAACAAACUUCUUCUAUGCAUACUAUGGAUUCAGGAUUCUCACUGCCAUGAUUAGUGAAGGAAGCGUUCAGUGCCUUGCUCUCGCUUAUGUGGCGGACAACAUUUCAGAGGGACAACGGGUGUCAGCAUUUGGUGUUCUCUCUGGCAUAGGCUCAGGUGCAUUUGUCUGUGGUACUUUAGCUGCUCGCUUCCUCUCCCCCGCCAGGGCUUUUCAGGUUGCCGCAGGUGUAUCUAUGGUUGCUGCUGUGUACAUGAGACUUUUCCUGAAGGAAACAACAUAUGAAGGUGAUGCUUUGGCUAUGCCAAUCUUGAAGAGUGUAAGUGACCAUGACACUGCUCAAUCUGAUGGCCAAUCAUCUAGGAAGGUACAAGUCUUCAAGAAAAUUCCAUCACCCGUCCAGCUCAUUUGCUUGCUUAAAAGUAGCAAGAUACUUUCACAAGCAGCACUUGUUGCAUUUUUCAAUAGUCUAGCAGAUGGUGGAAUUCAAGCUUCAUUACUGUAUUUCUUGAAGGCUCGCUUUCAGUUUAACAAAGACCAGUUUGCCGAUACAAUGCUAAUUGUUGGCACGGGAGCGACUAUUUCACAGCUGUUUUUCAUGCCCAUGUUGGCUCCUGUUAUAGGAGAGAACAAGUUGCUUUCCAUAGGGCUCUUUUUUGGAUUUUCAAAUAUGCUACUUAACAGCAUAGCUUGGGCAGCUUGGGUUCCUUAUGUCGUUUGUGCGCUUGGUGUUUUUUCUGUAUUUUCAAUACCAUGUUUACGAAGCAUUGUAUCAAAACAAGUUGGGCCAAAUGAGCAGGGGAUGGCUCAAGGAUGCAUUUCAGGCAUAAGUUCCUUAGCCAACAUCAUCUCUCCCCUAAUAUUUAGUCCGCUCACAGCAUUGUUUCUAUCUCAGGAAGCACCGUUUAAUUUCCCAGGCUUCAGUAUUCUGUGCAUUGGACUUGCAUCGAUGAUAGCCUUCAUCCAGAGCCUAACUAUAGGGGUUAGUCACUCCGGUUCAAGUAACAUAGUCGGGAAUAACAACUGCAUGGUGGCGUAGUUGCGAGGAUUUGAAUGAUACAAAAGCAACAUUGGAAGAGAUUCUGAGAGGACAAAAAAGGAUUAUGUGCUUUAUCUUAGCUAGGUUAUACACACAUGUAUUCCUUGAUCUCUUCAGCUUGUUACUUUUCUACUAGCUAAGAUCCUAAAGGACAAGAAUCACACGGUUCAUACAAGAAGAUAUCUGAAUUGUUUGCUAAAUGCAUAUACCAGACUUGGCUUGUUCAGUGGCAAAUUGGUUUGUUUUUUCCCCCAAAUUUUUUAUAUCUCUCUCUAUAUAUAUAUAUUUACACAUACAUGCAUAAAAUAGUCGUGUCUUACUGUGUGAGAGGCUGUUGUUCUGCAUCUCUGGUUGAGACAUUUUGGUCAUGCCUUGUGUGGUGUUAUAUGUGUCCUUUAUUUUCUGGUUUUGUGUUUGGAAUUGUAUUCCUUUGCUGGGCCUGCAUGCUCAGCCUUUGUUGCAAGCUUUGGGCUUGACUUGUAUUUCUUUUUAUUUUGGGCCUAUGGCCCACUUGUAAAUUUCCAAAAUCAAUGAAAAUUGCUUUAAUUUUCGAAAAAAGAAAAA